AUGUGCGACCUAUCAAAUGUUCAUAAUCAAAAUCGACACGAAAGCCACUUGUUGGGUUGCAGCAAAUCGACGCUACGUGACUGUGAUACCGGUGUUACAUCACCGAAUAAAUUACGAACAAAUUGCAAGCGAUGUGGCCAUUCCAAUUGUGGGAAAUUAGCGAAUCAAGAAUGUGACGGUUUAUCAUGCAGUAAUAGCAAAUGGAAUCACAGUUCGCCCGUACGGAAAAUGGUUCCGGACACCAAUUCUAUCGAACGGCUCACUCGGUCCCGAUCGUUAUCCGUGCAAGCCAAGAAAAGCCGAAAAUAUGCAACCAACGUGAAUCGAUUUUCCAGUGCUGUUUCCUCGUCAUCGUUGGAUACAGUUGGAAGCAGUAGCACGCAAUUGAGGAUUCGUGAUCGUAUUGAACAGGCCGAUGUAUUUCUUGAGGCACUUGGAAAUGCUUCAACGUCAAAGAAUUUCAACUCCAGUCGAUAUGGUCAGUUCUUCAACAUUGAAUUCGAUUUUAAGGGCGACCCGAUCGGAGGACGUAUUUUCCACUAUUCAUUAGAAAAGACACGUGUUACCAGCAAGUAUCCUAGUGAACGCAAUUUUCAUAUAUUUUACCAAUUAAUAUCUGGGGCUGAUAUCCAGUUUUUAAAAUCGCUGAAACUUCAUAGGAAUAUUGACAAAUAUGAGCUUUUAAAUCAUGCAAACGCAACAGAUGAUGAUAAAAAUAACUUUAGUUACACUAAGAAAUCACUCGAUGUACUAGGCCUUAAUCAAGACGAAAUUCUUUCAAUUUUUAAGAUAAUCGCUGUUGUUAUUAAGUUAGGCAAUCUUGUGUUUGUGCCAACUACAAACAUAGACGGAACGGAGGGAUGCAACAUAUCCAACGAAUAUGAACUAAUGGAAACAGCUCAAUUAUUAAGUUUAGAUGCUCAAAUACUACUCAAUUGCCUUACCCGAGCUGACAAUGGAUGGAAUUCAGUCGAAAAUGGAUCGGAUGCAGAUUUCACAAACGCCAAUCGAACAAGGAAUUCUUUGUGCCGUAUAAUGUACAGUCGACUGUUCACAUGGGUGGUAAAUCGUAUAAACGAUUUGCUGAAGUCGAAGUCGAUGUUGCGUGGGAAAAAUUUUGGAGUGCUGGACUUUUACGGUUUCGAAAAUUUCGAAUUCAAUUCAUUCGAGCAAUUGAUAAUCAAUUAUUGUGAUGAGCGUGUUCAUCAGCAUUGUAUACGAAGCACAUUGAAAUAUCAACAGGAACUGUAUCUGAGAGAAGGUUUAGAGUGGACCAAAGUGGACUUUUUCGAUAACGAAAUUAUUUGCGACCUAAUCGACAAGUCAAGCUACGGAAUUUUGAAUCUAAUGGAUGAACCGCAUAUGGCUUACGACGAUGCGUUACUCGUUCGAAUGCAACAGUGCUGUGCUGGACAUCCGAACUUCCUCAGCUUAGACACCAAUGCACCUUAUGCAGGAUUUCAAAUUCGUCAUUUCGCUGGAUCUGUACAAUACUCAAUCAAUGGAUUUCUUGAGAAAAACUCGGAAUUCCUUCCGAGAAAUGUUAGCUCGUGUCUAUACCAAAGUAAAUUACCUGUAGUACAAAGCCUUUUUCCGGAAGGCAAUCCGAAACGGCUAUCUCGUAAACCCACCAGUAUCGGAUCAUCGCUUCGUACACAAUUGCAAACACUCCUCUCAAUGGUGGAAACGCGUAAGACCAAUUAUGUGUUCUGCAUCAAGCCGAAUGAGCACAGGCAAAACAAUGUACUCGAGAUGGCAUUGGUGCAACAUCAAGUUCGGUAUAUGAGCUUAAUGCCAUUGGUGGCACUGUGGCGUUCGGGCCAUUGUUAUCACAUAAAUCAUCACAAAUUUUUGUCACGGUACAAAAUGCUGAACCCGGACACCUGGCCCCAUUUUCGUGGCGACAAUGUGGUUGAGGGCAUUGCCAUUCUUAUACGUAAACUGCCACUACCGCACGCAGAAUUCACCAUUGGAACGAGAAAAGUAUUUAUCCGGAGUCCAAGAACGGUGUACGAGCUGGAAGAAUUUCGACGAUCGCGCCUUGAUAGCUUGGCAUGUCUUAUUCAGACUAAAUUUCGCAGCUACUCGAAACGAAAAGAGUUCCUCAGUCUGCGCAACAGUCAGAUCAUAAUAUCAAGUGCCUGGAGGACGUGGCGAGAAUGUCGUUUCGGUGUACCGUUUUCUGGACGUAGACAUCUUUGGUGUUUAUACAAAGUGGCUCGAGAAGAAUACCGACAGCAGAAAUACCGCAAGCAAGUGCAAUGGGCCAUCUGUGUUAUACAAAGACAAUAUCUACAGUGGAAGCGACGGCAUUUUCUCCUUACACUUUUGUUACAUUUGCCUCCGGAUAGUUUGAGUCCGUUAAGUUCGGAAUGGACAGCUGCACCACCUUUUCUAGCAGAAACAUCAUUACUUUUACGGAACAUUUAUCAUCGCUGGAGAUGCUACAAAUACCGCCUUACAUUCGAUCAGACAGCACGAAACAGAAUGAGAGAAAAGGUGACUGCAAGUAUCAUAUUUAAAGAUAGAAAAUCGUCAUAUCCAAGAAGUGUUGCUCAUCCGUUUUUAGGUGACUACGUUAGAUUACGUCACAACAGUCAAUGGAGGAAAUUGUCCAUCGACAGCAGUGACCAGUAUGUGGUCUUCGCCGAUAUUAUCAAUAAAAUUGCACGUUCCAGUGGAAAGUUUGUUCCUAUUCUGUUAGUGCUAUCAACUAGUUCAAUGUUACUGUUGGACCAACGGACAUUGCAGAUAAAGUACCGUGUUCCGGCUACCGAAAUUUAUCGAUUGUCUCUGAGUCCCUAUCUGGACAACAUUGCAGUAUUUCAUGUGAAAGCGGAUUGCAAUAAUCAACAGGUUUGCACCGAAACAGGAUGCUUAUUUCAGUCUGAAAUUGGUCGUAAAAAGGGCGAUUUCGUGUUUCAAACAGGCCACGUAAUUGAAAUUGUCACAAAGUUAUUUUUGGUUAUACAAAAUGCAACUGCAAAACCUCCCGAAGUUCAUAUUAGUACUGAAUUUGAAGCGAAUUUCGGUCAACAAACGGUUGUUUUUACAUUUAAAUGUUCCGGAAUGGUUGGUGAUAUGUGUCCGACCAAAGUGACUCGAAAAGGGAAUCGAAUGGAAAUCGUAAUUUAAAUUCAUUGUCUAUUGCAAGUAAAACGGAGUGUGGUAUAACGAAUACGUAUUUGAUGUCAGUUGUCAGUGUAAGUUGUCUGUAAGGCAGACAUCGUCAUUCUCAAGAGCUUCGCGCGCAAUCAGUCAAACAAUUUUUCAUUAUAUUGCCAUUCGUUAUAAAAAUAGACGAAAGAUACAGAACGGUGGCGCCUUGUGCGGCGUUGUAAUUAUUUGUUAUAAAAUCUGAGAUGAUGUCUAGUAAAAUGAUGUUUGGUUGAAUAGAUUUUAGUUUAGUAGCGCAACCAUUUUGUCAGAGUGUGUUUUUAAUUGUGACGUUAUUGGUCGUUUAAGUUUGUUGGAGUUUGUGGGAGAAAGAGACAUUGGGGCCAUUGGCGUUGUGAUACGUUGUAGUCUCUUAAUGCCAUUCUUAAAAAUCUUUAAUUUUACUCAACAUAUCCAGGACUAGAUGAUAGCCUCUAUACAAACAGUAUACUGCACGGAUAAUAUGAGCCGAGUCAGAAUUAUGCUCGAUUUAUCAGUUGCUUCCCCGUUGGUUCAACAUCAAAAGUUAUGCAUGGAAUAAAGCGAUUUGAUACAUCAUUUUGAGCUAAUACUUGAAGUCUAGUCACUAUGGUUUCAGCACCAUUCGACUCGACCUCUCCGUAGAGUGGUUGUGUUGUUUGUAUUGAGGCCAUUUAUCAAGGACAACAUUACAUAUAGUUAGAGUGUGCGAUGGUUAAAACAUCGAAAAGUUGAGGUCCCACGAAAAAUUGUUGAUUACAAAAAUCGAUUUUAAAAAUUUAAAUAAAAAAAAAUCGAAUAUUUGAGUGAACCAAAACUCAAAAGUUUCACUUAUUCGAUUUUGCGCCAGUUGUAAAUGAAUUUUACAAAAAUUUUCAAAUCUAGGGAAGACCCGUAACUUUUUGAUUUCUUAACCAUCGGACGCUCCUGACAUACAGCCAUAUAAAACCAGUAUACUCCAAUAGCAAAUGUGAAAGCUCCUUCUCUUUCUCUCUGUCUCCAUCACUAGACACAUUUAAUGUUUAAGUGGUUUUUAGAUGGAUUAAGUGUAAGCAUUGAGAAAAUCUAAAAUGGAAAAUGAAAAAAAUCAAAAUAAUAUACAGGUUUUACGACAUGGUUAACUAUUACAAUUAAUUACAAAUCAGAUUGCACAAUAUUUUUUGAUUUUAGAAAUGUUACUUUAAACAACAAAAAAUGCAAUAAAUUAGACAACGUCCCAGGACCGAGGCCAGGACCAACAAAUUUAAAUUAAAUUAAAGAUAAAAAAAACAACAAAACAAACCGAAAAUCAUUUUAAUUUACAAAUAUGUUAGAGUCAUUUAAAACAAAACGGAAAAUUA